AUGAAACUCUCUGCCCUUUCCGCGCUCUUCGGCGCAACUCUGGUCGCCUCACAACAUGCGCCUGCUUCCAACGACACAACUCUCCCCAAAAACUGGGCCGUCGCACUCUUCCCCUCCUUCGACCCCAUCGACGUCUUCGGCACCCUCGACCCCCUCUACUACCUCGCCUUCAGCCGCCAACUCAACCUCGCGCUGAUCUCCGAAACGCUGGAUCCAGUAUGGGUCCAACCACCCACUCCCUCGCAGAACCACCAGAAUAGCAAUUUUUGGUACAGCGUAAGCAUUGCUCCUCCCCCAGCUGGUCUUGAGCUGGUCUCAACAUUUGCUUUGUGA